CUAUCUGGUUAUGGAUAAGUUGCACCCAACCUCAAAACGUCAUCCAACAUCUUUAUAUACAUUCUUCUCCGCCCAACAGAGGCGUAAUCCAACAAAAGAUGUGUCAAACCAGUCUCUCAAUUGACGAAUCAGCAAUGACAGAUUUACAAGUGCUUCGGUAGAUCCUGUGAAAAUAUAUCGCAUUUAUAUAAUAAAUACUCGUAUCAAAGGUUAGAUGAUCGAUAAUGGAUCGCAAUAAACUUGGACUGUCCGUCAAAAAUUCCAUCAUGAUGGAGGACCUGAAAUUCAAAUUUUUGGGCCUUAUAAAUAAACAGAACAUUCCAUAUCAUUUCGAUGCAACAUUAGAAAAUACAAAAAGAUGACGAUUGCAAAGCUUCCCUUGUGAAUAAACAAAAAAGGAAUUUCAAGAUUAAUGGCAUAAAUAAUUUAUUUCGAUAAAAAGUUAUAUGCUUCCGAUCGAUUUCGAAGAUGAACACGAAAUCACUAAUGGUUGUGUCGAUUUCCCUGAAAAUUCGUAAAAACUUUGUUUUUUUCCAAAUCAGAAGUCUGAAGAUAUUUUUGAAUGUUAUCUGUUCAAAGAAUACAAUGAGCUCACAAAUUGUGGUCCCCUUCUACUGAUUCAAACUUAAAAGACGAUUCCGACAGCUGGUUUCUGGAAUCGAUUGUUAUGAAUCAAACGAAGAUUCCAUCGAUGGGACUGAAUCCAGAGUUAUUAAACCCGCUCGACUCUAUUCGUCACGAUUUUCAAGAUGACGCUAAAUCAGAGGCCAGCCAGUCAACAGAAGGUGAAGCAGUACCAGACCAGGAGAUCCUGGAGUCGAUAGAAUUAUCGUAUUACAAUACAGACGGUACCUUCGACUCUUGUAGACACGAAUUGAAGAAAUUACCGGAUAAGUUGAACUGUAAAGAUAUCGAGAGGUACUACAAGAGGCUGAAGCAGCAACAGCAGGUGGUGUCCAAGAAGGUGCUGCAGUUGAUUCUGCAGCAACAGAGUGCCUGUAACGCGGAAUUUCAAGAGAUUUUGAAGCUUCAGGAGCAACUUCAAGAUGUCCUCGAGAUUUGCAGGAUGGGAAGGUUUGAUCUCAAUCUGGCAAAGAAGCAGUUCACCACUGCGAGUUUGGGGAUUUUAGCAAAUUACAGGAAGCGCCAGACAGUUCAGCAACUUCUGAAUAGCCUAAAUACCAUCAAAACCUUGCAAAAGACGGAAGAUCGUCUGCAAGAGCUGCUGAAAGAGGAGAAUUAUCCAGGUGCUAUAUCUCUCCUUCUGGAAUGUCAAUCAGCUGCUCAAACUUACAAGCAUUUCCACUGCGUCGUCGCCCUGCAUGGAAAGCUCCAGGACACGCUCGAGCAAAGUGAAGAGACGCUCGACCACACGCUCUCCCGGAUAUGUCUUCAAUUCGACAAGAAAACGUACUCCUCAGUCCAGGAGGCCUAUAAACUCCUUGGCAAAACCCAGACAGCAAUCGAUCAGCUUCAUAUGCACUUUACAGCUGCUAUUCACAACACGGCCUUCUCCGCAGUUCACUCUUACGCUGGCGGUGACAUAAAACGUCAGUACAAGCAGAUCUGUCAAUCAAUUCCACGCGACUCUCAAAUCAACUGCCUCAUUGACCUCAGCAAGGCCCUCUGGAGGAUAGUCUGUUCGUACCACCAGGUCCUCUCCUGGCACAAGUCAAAUCCCUCUUCCCCGGAGGCUUCAGAUCCUCCGAAGAACCUCGAGGAGACCUUCAGCAAUCAAUACAUCAAACAAAAGUUGGAAAAUGGGAUGACGAGAAUAUGGCACGAUGUGGAGAUCAAAAUCUGUACAUUCCUCACAGCCACAGACCUGACUUCCCUCAAGUUUGAGCAGUUUGUCCAGGUUCUUGGAAUUAUAAAUCGUCUCAUCGAAGUUGGGGAAGAACUCUGUGGCUCCAAAACUGAGAAUCUCCAGAAGACUAUGAGAAAUCAGUGCUUCUUGUAUUUCUCUCAUUACCAUGUCUGCAGGCUCGAUGAAUUGAGGAUUUUCCUUGAGCACGAUGGCUGGGAGCUUUGUCCGGUUAAGUCAACAUUCGUUGCAACUCAACUGCAGGAGUUCAAAAGCCUCAGACCAGCAUUGAUCGACUGCAGAAGCCCGGAUGGCUCCAGUGAGCAUGACAACUCAGUCUUCGGGUGGUUGCAUAGGUAUCUAGAGACUGAUGUCUCUCCAUUCGAUGUUGGCAUGGAUGAGACCAUGGAUGAGGACAUUCUUGCCAAUAAUUUAAGUCUUGAUAUUUCAGGUGGUGAUUACUCGGAAGUGUCUUCUGAUGAAGAGACCGAAAUCAUUGACGAGGGUUCUAAGAAAAAGAAGAAGAAGAGGGGAAUCACAGGCCCAAUGGUCACCAACACGACGUUGAGUGUCUUGAGGAUCUGUGGAAGAUACCUCCAAAUGUCUAGAUUACUCAGAUCGAUUGCUGUGACUGUCACCCAGAGCAUGUUUCAAUUUUUCGAGCUUUACUUCUAUGCAAUUCAUAAUUUUUUUACUUCAGACCUCGAGAUCUCCAGUGAUUCUGUUUACAGUCCGAUAUUAAAACUGACUUUAGCUAGAAUUCGUGAGAAUUUGAUAUUGGGAGAGGGAGAAGUAAAAGAAGAGGAUGGAAACGGAAUGAGAAGUGUGAAGAUUCAGCAGCCGAUGCUAUCGAUGACAGUUGAUCUUGCUAAUGAGAAAAGAUUGUAUGGAUUGGCCGAAAGGAUUGUUGCGGUGGAGUCAAUUGUGUUCCUGGGGGCACAGUACGAGAGUCUCAAGAGUUAUUUGGAGAGAUUGAUCAAGGAAAAGGAGGAGAGAGGAUUUCUCAAUCAGUUCUAUGGACAAACGAUAGCAUCUGCAGUUGAUUUGAGGAAGCCGGUGUACAUGGCUGUGGUAUCGAGGGCCUUUGAUGUUGCAGGAGUAUUGAAUCUUAUGGGAAAAGUCAAUUGGGAAGUGAGGGAUGUGAUGUCCCAGCACAGUCCAUAUGUGGAUAAGAUUCUGAAGGAGGUGCUGGAGAUGAAGAAGAGACUGGAUGAGGUGGGGGCGAUACUGCCGCUGGUCGAUGAAGUCAAAACUGCAAUCUGGGAAAAUGUGGGACAUCUGGUGACGCAUACUCUUGUGGAGGGAUUCUCAAAUGGUAAAAAAUGCUCCAACGGAGGUCGUGCUCUCAUGCAACUCGACUAUACCCAACUGAAAUCCAACUUCGAGAUAAUAACGUCUGUGAGACCAAUGCCCCACAGCGAAUACGUGGAAACCUACAUCAAAGCCUAUUACAUAUCAGAAAAUAUACUCGAGGGAUGGAUAAAGGAACACAAGGAAUAUUCGGUGAAACAUUUGAUAGGUCUCAUCUCCUGCGCCUGUCAAAAUAAUAAAAAGUCACGCCAGCGACUCAUCUCGAUCGUCGAGGAACAACGACCCAACAGGUAACGAUUGUUACAGACCCAUCACUCUACAAUAAUUUAAACAAACGGAAAAAUGUUUUUAAUGAAGAAUUUGAGAACUAAAUCAAUCAUGUAGAUUUCGCUUUCUAUUGGAGUAAUCGAAAGAUUGGAAGAUCUGUAAGUGAAUCUCAUUUUUUAUUUUUAUUAUAAGUAUAUUAUGUUAAUUUUAAGGCUAUCACAGCCAUGGUUAAUGGUACAGUUGGUUUAAGGCUGGAGGUUGCGUCUAGUUUCAUCAUUGCGUCGACCUUUUGCAAACAUUCCAGGGCUUUGAAUACUGAUGUUUGGACGGAUGUCUCGCAUCUAUGUUUCCUGGUGAUAUGGAUAGCGGGGGUUGGUCUAAUCACGCUUUUAAUCGAUUAGCUCUUCGUCUUUAUCGAUCGUCUUCCUGGGUUUUUAAGUAACGAGAUCGGACCCACGCCAUAAUUAUAAAAAUCAUGAUUGAAAAGGUCAACAUCAAAUGAGUUUUCAAUUCAAAUUUGCCGGUUUAGAUAGGUGUGAUCUAAUGAAGAAUCAGUGUCGUAGAAUUUUGACAUAUCGAUAGUAUCGAUUUGUCCUUUUUACAGUAGAAUCUAUUGAUUAAUUGACAAUAACUCUGCUGAUAAAUCGAGAAGUUGAGAGCAUGAUUCGAUGACAUCGGUAAGGCCCCCAUUAUCAUAUAGGAA